AAUUUUCUCUUUCUUACCUCAAUAUGGAUUCAUUGGGAUUUAUGUAUGCUGUCGUUUUGGCUGCUGGAGGAACUUAUGGCUAUGUUAAAUCUGGUUCAUUACCCUCUUUAGCUGCUGGAGUUCUAUUUGGAUCAGCAAUUGGUAUGGGAGCUUACCAAGUUUCAAAAAAUCCUGAAAACUUCUAUUUAGCUCUUGGGACCAGUACAGUUUUAUCUGGUGUCAUGGGUUCAAGAUUUUAUUCAUCUGGUAAAAUAAUGCCAGCAGGUGUUAUUUGUGGAAUCAGUGUUGCUAUGGCUCUUCGCUAUGCUUACAAAGGAUUUUCUUUACAAAAGGCAGUAAAAACUACAUAAGGAAUUUAAAUUUUUAGAAAUUCAAAAACAUGCAUCACUUAUCGUUUUCUGUGUUAUUAAGUUUUAAUCAGUUUGCUGUGGAGGCUGAGCUGUUUUUUUUUUUUUUUUUUUUUUUUUGAGCAGGAGUAUGACAACUAUUUACAUUGGCAAGUAACAUUUUGUCAUUGCUUAUUACGAUUUUAGGUAGUAUUUUGGUUAGUCUAGAUUAUGUUACUUCAUAAUAUUUGAAAUAAGUAGUCUUUCUAGUACUAUGUUACAUUCUUUAGGUAAAUAAUAUUUCUAAUUAGUACCAAAGUCAAACUUUUCUUGGUCUUACAGCAUCUGUUUGUUUUUAUAGUGUUAUCAAAACCUGUGAUAAGAUUUUUUAGCUGUGUGUAAAUAUAGUGGUUUCACCCAUAGGUACGGCAUGCAAUUGUUUUACCAUGUUAUAUAAUAGUGAGAUAAAUGUUUUUUAGCAAUAGAGUUAUUUAAAUAAUAGUUUAUUUAAAUAAUAUUUUCUUUGAUGCAUAUAUUUUACCUCUGAAAACUAAUUGUAGAGCUGAUAUUUUUUGACAAAAAAUUUUAUAAUGAUUAUUGAGGAUGAAUAUUACAAUAUAUGCCUUUGGGUAUUAGCAGAAAUUCAUAAUUGUAUCAAUAAUCUUAUUUUUGUAUUAUGUUGUGGGUUGAGUAUUAAGCAUUGAAUAUAAUUGUUAUUGUUUGGUGAUGAUUAAUUUUGUAAAAAUGUUUUCUUAAAUGUGUGGAUUUUUAUAUUCUUAAGAAUUGUG